AAGCUGCAGAACAAACUAAAGCCUGUAAGCAACAAGUCAUGGUACACACUGUGACGUGUUUUACAUAUUAAUGUUGUUUUGUACAAAAGAAAUUGCUUAAGGACUGAGAGAAGUACAAAUAAACAGCACUUUACAUGUGUGAUUCAAUUUUAUUCACUGACACUUUUGGCCGUCAAUAAUCAUAUACAUUCAUAGUCAUAUACCUCAGUAUGCUGCAGUAGUAGGUUACAGUUUGCAAAGGGGGUAACAUAAGAGACCAGAUUUGCUGACUGUGUACCAAAUGUUACUCAAAAAGUUGUGACCCAGUAUUAAUGUUUAUGAGAGUCUUCUGUUACAAAUAGCCAGCUUAUUGUGGUGUAGCAUCAAGGUCAGUGCUUGGCUCAUAUAUAUACAUAUAUCAUACAUAUCGGUGAGCUUUAUGUUUUUGGUAUAUAUGUGUAAGAGUAUAUGGAGUUAGGCUAAUGGGAGGGACAGACUAACUACUACUACUAACUGAGAAAAAAUGUUUUUUUGUCCAAAAACAACAACAUUGUUUGCCAUUAUUUAUACCUUUUAUAACUUUCUUAUAUGAAUGUAAUCUGCUAAGCUUCAAGUUAUAAGUUAUAUAAUAAGUCUUUUGUACCUGGUUGUCCCUGUCUGACUCAGUCGCAGCCGUACUGUGUGCAUUCACUCAUAUAUCGUCACCAUGUUUAAAUAUUAUGCUCAUAAACUUUUAUAUCUUCUUCUUCUGAAACAUGGCUGACACUGUCAUUUUGUAAGAAGGCUGUAGGAGAAAACUGAGCUUCAUAACAGGAGAGUGAGGAGGAGGCCUGUGUAUAUAUAAUCUUCUUUUAGUGCUUUUUAUUGUACAAGUAUUAUAGGGUUUAUCAUGGUGUGUUUACUAAGGUGUGUGCGUUGGGCAAUUAGUCCAUUCCUCGUUGUAGGAGAAGGCAUCCACCUUGACCUGACAGAAGCUCAGAUCCUCUUCUUCGCCGCAAAAAGGCCAAUCUUGGCAUAGACCAACAAGUGUUAGAAUAAGCUACAUUGUAUUGUUCAUCUUUGUAGACCUUGUGUUGACAACUGCUGGACAUGUAUUAUUAAAAUUAUUCAUAUUUACUUUGUUGUUUUGUUGUAUUUUCUGUGUGGAGGUACCUCACUCUUACUCUCAGCCUGCACAAACAGCCCAGUCCUCACUGGCUGGAUGAGCAGCAAGUCUGCACUCACGUACUAGAACGCUAUUCUGUAACUCACAGGAGUCUGCUGAGCAGAAGUCGCCACGUUUAAAGCAUUCCUGAUGUAAAAUUAGAUCCAUUAUGAUACUGAACCUCAGAUGUAAGACCAACACUUGAAGAGAACUGGAGUAGGGGUGCUGUUAUAUCACAUUAGCCUUACUAUUGUUCAAGGGUAUAGCUUCGGGGAAUCUAGUGGCCAUUUGCAUUAUAAAUGACAAUUCAUUCUGAUUGUUGGAGGCGAUGCCAAAUGAACAAUGCUAAUCGUUACCAUGUUUUGGUCCUGCCAUGUUUUAAUUGGAAUACUAUACACCAGACUUUAGAGGAGGUAUUAUAAACACAUUAACAUAAAUGUUCUGUAUCUAUGUAAUAUUUGACGAGUGAUAAGCACAGAAUUAAAGCACAUAAUGGGUCAUUUGGGCCAGUUAAUGGCACAUUAUUUUCUGCCAGCAUGUCUAGAAACUCAUUUAAUUUUGUUUAUUUAUUUGUCCUCUGUGUACUGUCCCACAGUGAAAUAGUUGCAGAGCAACCAAUCUUGCACUGAUUAACAGGAGGCCUAGGCAAAUCAUCAACUUUUAUGUUUGGUUAUAAACUCAACUCUUUACAGGUCGGAGUUCUCCAGGAAGAAGUAGCUGAGUGGCAUUUGCCUUUGUGGGGAAGCUCUUAUCAACACAAACUCCUGCCUCCUCAGAAAGCCCGAUUUUGACUGUUGCACUUACAACCUAUACAAAAGGCAAGAUGAAUUUGGACGAAUACUUCAAAAGAAUUGGUUUCCACGGCUCUUUUGAUAAACUGGAUCUUGCGACACUGAAGUUGAUCCACAAGCAGCACGUCAUGUCCAUCCCAUUUGAAAACCUCAGCAUUCACUGCGGUGAGAAGAUCAUCAUGGACCUUCAGGUCAUUUACAAUAAGAUAGUGAGGAGCAGCCGUGGAGGUUGGUGCCUUGAGAACAACUUCCUGUUUGGCUGGGUGCUGAGGGAAAUGGGCUACGAUACUACAACGUUGGGCUCCAGAGUUUUCAACAGUAUCCUCGAUGAUUUCUACCCCACUGAAACUCAUCUCAUCAACAAGGUCAUCAUUGAUGGAAAAGCUUAUAUAACAGAUGUGAGCUUUGGCGUGUCCUCCCAGGUGUGGGAGCCCCUGGAGCUCGUCUCUGGAAAGGACCAACCUCAGGCAGCGGGUGUCUUUCGUCUCAUAGACAAGGAGGACUUCUGGGUGCUGGAGAAGACUGGCAGAAAGCCAGAGGUUCUCAAUCCAGACUUUGCCAAAUCUAGUCUGGUGAGCAGGAAGGAAUCUAAGCAGAUAUACGGUUUCACCUUGGUGCCUCGUGAGGUCGAUCAUUUCCUUGAGACCAACCACACACUGCAGACCGACCCUACUUCACUGUUCACCAAUAAAUCCAUCUGCUCUUUGCAAACACCAACAGGAUUCAAAGCCCUGAUUGGUUGGACCUACAGCGAGGUCACCUACAAACCUGAGGAAGGUGUUGACAUCUUAGACAUGAGGGACAUAACAGAUGAUGAGAUAGAGCAAAUACUGAGGGAAAAGUUCAAUCUGAAGCUGCAGAACAAACU